GGGAGGGACGACACAGUCGAUAGUCGAUUGUUCUCGUGCCCGCGCAUUUUGUCUUGCUCUUCUGCAAACCCUAAGGACAACCAAUCCGUGGCUUUCUUUGUUUUGGUUGUUUUCUUCGAUUCUGUAGGCUAUUGAUGAUUUCUUCCUCGUUGAGAUUUGAGCGAAUUCUUGCAAUUCGUGGGUUGAUUUUAACGGACUAGGGCAUCGGGUUCGUACUUCUUGGGUUUCUUUCUUUUUGGGUUCGGGAAUUGUCUUAUUCAGUCUGCGGGGCUUUGAUUUGUUCCUCCACUCGCGUUGAUGAGUUCGUGAGGUUCUGGUUAUCGAAGAUGUUCUUCACGGGCGAUUCGUCUACUCGGAAGAGGGUUGACCUGGGAGGACGAAGUUCGAAGGAGAGAGAUAGGCAAAAGCUUCUGGAGCAAGCGAGGCUCGAGAGGAAGCGGAGGCUGGGGUUUCGGCAACAGACACUUGCGGCGGUGAAGAUUCAGAAAUGGUUCAGAGGGAGGAAAGCUGUCAAGUUAGCACGCCUAAGGAUACGAGAACAGUUUUACACUCAAUAUGGAGAUCAUUGUCAGAAAGUGGAAAGGCAUUGCUUUAAUCCAGACUCAGAUUUUCUUGUUCAAUUACUUUUCAUCUUCAAUGCACGUGACGUUGGAGAUUUUAAUCUUCUAGUGGAGACCUGCCGCUUGCUGCGCCAUUUUGUAGAAGUUAGUGGAAAUAUUUUGAACGUGUUUGGCUUUAUGGACUUUGCAUCAAAGCAAUCUAUCAUAAAAAAUAGGGUGAAACGAUUUGCUCUUGCUUGUGUCCAAGCUAUCCAUCAAAAUAGGGAACGACUCAAGGACCAGCUUUUUCUCUCACCUAAUUCUGCUGGUGUGCCAUCUGUGAUCUUACUGGAGACUGUUGCUAGCUUGAUCGAGUCCAAACUUCCCUGGGUCUGCACAGUAGUUCAAUUUUUUUCUGAACAAAACACCUUUAGCUUAUUGAGGGACAUUAUUCUGACUGGGCUGAGAAGCACAUCCUUUGGGAGUUCUUGUGGGAGAGCAACAUCCUUGGAGCAUGUUCUUACUAUGCUUGCUUCUCAUGUUAAUUCACUGCCAUGCACUUGUCCAAAUGUUGAUCCUCAGCGAAGCUUCCCUUCCCAAGUUCUCACAAUUCCUUUCCUAUGGAAACAUUUUCCACAUUUUAAGAAGGUCUUCACGACUCAGGGACUAGGAAUAAGCUAUAUUAGGCAAAUGGCAUCUUUCCUGCCUCUUGGCAUGAAUUUACUGCCAAAUGGCGUCUCCAAGGAGUAUCCAAGCUAUGCAUGUUUGCUUGGAAAUACUCUAGAAGUUGCAGGUGUCACAUUAUCACAAGGAAAUUGUACAUUUGAAACAGCCAUGGAUUUUGCUGUUGUUUUGACGUUUUGGCUGGAAUCUUUGCCGGUUUCGUUGAAGACCUUGGUGAAUGAGAAUACAAUAAAUUCCAAAGUUGAUGAAGAUGGUGACAUUGACAUGGACGAGGAACCAAAGGAGCUCUUUUUGGGAAAGGACUUGGAGCAGCAAAUAUCUGGUGCUAUAGAUUCCUUCUUUUUGAAGCAGUUGGUGAAUAACUUAUUUAAGGGAGUGAAACAUGUUGAUUCUUCAUGUAGAAGUGUGCCAGAUAGCUCAGAAAUGGCAGCUGUUGGGGCUGUCUGUGCAUUACUUCAUGUUACGUUUACAAUGUUGCCACUGGAACUCAUUAUGACUGGACUUGCAUACAAUACUGAUCUUGUUCCUAUUCUUUGGAACUUUAUGAAAAGGUGCCAUGAGAGUCAGAGAUGGCCAUCCUUGUCAGAGUUAACAGUGUGCUUGUCUGUUGAUGCUCCUGGAUGGUUGUUGCCUCUCUCUGUGUUUAGUCCAGUGUAUAGGCACAUGCUGACGAUAACAGACAACGAGGAGUUCUAUGAACAGCAAAAACCACUUUCCCUGCAGGAUGUGAAGACCUUAAUAAUCAUUUUGAAGGAAGCAUUAUGGCAUCUCUUAUGGGUAGUUCCUGUAAAGAGCUCAACAGGGCAAAAACCCAAAACAAAUUCUUCUGGCCACAAGCGGCUUUCAGUUGAAUUUAUUCAAACUAGGGUUGGUACUGUGGCAUCUGAGCUUUUGGCACAGUUGCAAGAUUGGAAUAGUAGAAGGCAGUUUACAUCACCUGACGACUUCCAUGCACAUGAAGCAAUAAGUGAAAAUUUCUUUUCUCAGGUUGCUGUUGAAAACACUAGAGCUAACAACAUAUUGAAGCAAGCCCCUUUUUUGGUGCCAUUUACAAGCAGAGUGAGAAUUUAUACUUCACAAUUAGGAGCUAAACGACAAUCGAGUGGGGCUCAUGCUGCUUUCACUAGACACAGAUUCAGAAUAAGGCGUGAUCGAAUUGUUGAAGAUGCAUUUAGCCAGUUAAGCUUAUUGUCUGAAAAGGAUCUCAGAGGAAUGAUCCGGGUUACUUUUGUCAAUGAAUUUGGGGUUGAGGAGGCUGGCAUAGAUGGUGGUGGAAUCUUUAAGGAUUUUAUGGAGAACAUAACCAGAGCUGCUUUUGAUGUGCAGUAUGGUCUAUUUAAGGAAACCUCCGAUCACAUGUUAUAUCCAAAUCCUGCAUCAGGAAUGAUACACGAGCAGCACCUCCAGUACUUCCGAUUUCUUGGAACCAUUCUUGGAAAGGCAAUGUUCGAAGGGAUUCUUGUUGACAUACCAUUUGCGACAUUCUUCUUGAGUAAAUUGAAGCAAAAGCAUAACUACCUCAAUGACUUGCCUUCUUUGGAUCCGGAGUUGUACCGGCACCUCCUGUUCUUGAAGCAUUAUAAAGGAGACAUUUCUGAGUUGGGACUAUAUUUCGUUGUCGUAAAUAAUGAGUACGGUGAGCAGACUGAAGAAGAACUGCUUCCAGGUGGAAAGGAUUUACAGGUUAAAAAUGAGAAUGUGAUAACGUUUAUUCACCUUGUUGCCAACCAUAGAUUGAAUAUUCAGAUUCGUCAGCAAAGUUCAAACUUUUUACAAGGAUUUCAGCAGCUUAUACAGCCUGAUUGGAUAUCAAUGUUCAAUGAACAUGAGCUCCAGCUUCUUAUUUCAGGAUCUCUUGAUGGUAUGGAUGUUGAUGAUUUAUGCUCAACUGCACAUUAUGCUGGUGGUUAUCAUGAGAAGCACCCUGUUAUUGAGAUGUUUUGGGAAGUGCUGAGGAGCUUGUCACCGGAGCAGCAAAAGAAAUUCCUGAAGUUCGUUACUGGAUGCUCUCGUGGACCUCUUCUUGGGUUCAAGUAUUUGGAACCAAGAUUUUGCAUACAAAGGGCUGCUCCUGAUGAUGCAUCUGAAGACACCCUUGAUCGCCUUCCAACUUCUGCAACGUGUAUGAAUCUUUUAAAACUUCCUCCUUAUAAAAGCAAGGAAAAAAUGGAAAUGAAACUGGUCUAUGCAAUAAAUGCGGAUGCUGGAUUUGAUUUAAGUUGAUCGUGCGAAUACAGUGCCAGACACACUGCUCGCCUAGCUGUGGGAGUCCACUUGUGCAAAGCCGUGCCUGGCUUCCUUCCUUGAGCAGUCGAUCACAACGGCAGAGCUGACCUACGCUAUCAGGGGUUGGAUCUUGUUGCUGCCGCUGCAGCUAUGUACAUACAUCAUAAACGUCCUGGGCUAAAGGUAUUUAUUUGUAUUUAUCUGUUUUUGUAUGUACAUAGAGUGGUAAUAUCUGUGGCUUGCCCAUGUAUAUGUUGAGGGGGCACGCCCUAAAUCUGUAAAAGUUGCUGACCAAGAGAUUUGCCGAUUAUCAGCCGACCACCGGCUGCGUAUCUCCAAAAUAUUAAUUUAUAGUCGGGGAGCUUGAUCUCCAAAAUUUUUUAAA